AUGGGUUUUUUUGAUUUUUUAACCGGCGGUAAUAAAAAAGUAAAAGAAGCUAAAAAUAGGAUCAGCCAGCUUGAAGGACAACUUUCAUCAACUCAUAAUGACUUAUCAUCUACUAGGGCUCAUUUGGAAAGGUUGAACCAAAGGGUAGAAAAGCUUACAGAAGAUAAUUUGGAUCGUGAACUUAUGAUAGAUAAAUUGUUGAAGUUAGGGGAACUCCAAGAACAAUUUGCUUCAACUAAGGUUGAGGCAUUAACAAGUAAGUGUAACUUAGAAGCAUCGAGAAAAGAGGAAGAAGAACUAAAAGAACAACUUUUAAAUCGACGAAAAAUUGAAGAGGAUGUAGAAAUGAAGUUGCGAAAGGUAAUCGAGUUAGAAAAACAAGUUGUAUGUGUCAAUGAGGAAGUGUUGUCUACCAAAGUUGAUUUGGAAGCAUCGAAAAAGGAGGAAGAUAUGCUCAAUGAACAACUUUUAGGUCUAGAAAAAAUCUUAGAAGAAAUGGAAAUGAAAUUGAAUAUGGUAAUGAAGCUUGAGAAAGAACUUGAGGAUACUAAGAAUAAGGUAUUAACAACAAAGGGUGAAUUUGAAGUGUCAAAAAAGGAGGAAAAUAUGCUUAAAGAACACCUACAAAGUUGUGAAAAUUUGCAUAAAGAUAUGAACACAAAAUUGCAAAAGGUUUUGGAUCUUGAGAAGCAACUUCGGUUCAUUAGGGCAGAGGGUUUGUUUGUCAAAACUAGCUUAGAAGGAUCGAGAAAGCAAGAAGAGAGGCUUAAGAAACAACUCUUUGAAUCCGAAAGGUCUCAACAAGACAUGGGAAUGAAAUUACAACAGAUAUUGAAACUCAAAAAUGAAAUUUCAUCCUAUGAAGCUGAAGCAUUAUCCGACAUGGCUAGUUUGGAAAUCACUAAUAAGGAAGUAGAAGAGCUUAAAGAAAAACUUUCACUGCUUGAAAAAGUUCAACAGGCUGUGGUGGAGCUUAAGUUAUUAUAA